AGGCAUCUCAGCUAAUCAUGGCAAUGCGCGGACUGCUGCUGCUGGCUUCCUGGGCUCUCCUCGGGGCUCUGGGGCUGCAGGCCGAGGCGAGGCCGGCGCCCUACGGGGUGAAGCUCUGCGGUCGGGAGUUCAUCCGCGCGGUCAUCUUCACUUGCGGAGGCUCACGAUGGCGCCGGGCGGACCUCUUGGCCCACGAAUCUCUGGGGGACUUCUUCGCUGAUGGAGAAGCCAAUACAGACCACCUGGCCAGCGAGCUGGAUGAAGCGGUGGGCUCCAGCGAGUGGCUGGCCCUAACCAAAUCCCCCCAGGCUUUCUAUGGUGGUCGAGCCACCUGGCAAGGGUCACCUGGAGUGGUUCGGGGCAGCAGAGAUGUGUUGGCUGGCCUUUCCAGCAGUUGCUGCGAGUGGGGCUGUAGCAAGAGCCAAAUUAGCAGCUUGUGCUAGGAUCAGGGUUGAGCGAUGGAGAAACG